AUGUGGCUCAGAAUCUUUCACUGUCCUAAAAGCCGAUGCUUUUGUACUGAAAGACCGUCUCCGAGUUCGAUCCUUUUUCCCCGCCUUUGGUGGGUUUGCCUUCAGGUCCGCAGGAUUCAAGAGCUGGGCAAAGGGAACAAAUUCUUCAAGGAACUCGACGCUGACAUCUGCUUCGAGAUGUGCCGCCACAUGACCUACCUCGAGGUGGAAGCAAAUCGGGUUCUCUUUCACAAAGGCGAUACAGCGGAUGCUUGGUACCUCAUUCUGCAAGGGUCUGCCGGAGUGUACGUGAACGAGACAUCACGAGACUCCGCGGCGGCAGCGUCUGUGGCGCCGCCUGACGGAGAGCCAGGAAGGCCGCCCGGCCGAAGUUCGUUCGCAGGUGACCGGGGGCCGAGUUCUUGUGCCGUCUCCUCUUCUGCUCUCUCGCCGAGCGCUUCGGUCCGUUCGGAUCCCAACGCCGCGUGUGGGUCUUCGCUCCUUCGCGUCCGUUUCCCGUACCGCAUUGUGUGUGCUUCCGAAUUCCCGUCUUUCCCUAACCUGCUUCCUGCUCUGGUGCCGAUUGAUCUAGCAGCUUGCCUUUCCUCGGCGCAUGUUUUGCUCACAGACGAGGGACGGUCUUCGACUGUGCGCUACAGCGACGAAGUCGCGGACGAGGAGUACGACGCUUCCCUCGACUUCUCCCGCAUCGACAUGGACAGCUGCGUCGCUGUGCUGGGCGUGGGUGACUCUUUCGGAGAGUUAGGUUUGAUUCGCAACGACGUGCGAUCUGCAGCGCUCAUCACCAAGACUGCAUGCGCGUUUCUCUCUCUGGACAAAGCGUCCUUCGACCAAUGCCUCAGAACGUCUCUCCAGAAGAAGACCGACCAGAAGGUGUCUCAGCUUCGCGCGGUGCUCCCGGGAGUCCGCGAUCUGCGCAGACUGAUUGUGGAGCAGAUGAGCUACUUUUUCCAUCUCCACACGUUUCCGAAAGACUUUGUUUUUGUCAAGGAAGGCGACCGCUCGGACGCCCUGUUUCUCCUUAUCGACGGCGACUGCGUUCUUCGGCAUCAUCGGCGAAGGCUUCCAGGGGAUUUCGGGGCGUUCAAAGUUUUUUCUCCCUCGGCGCAUCUGCCUGCAGCGAAGAUCGAUGAAGUUGUCUCGCGGAUUGGGAACCAAAUGGAGGAAGGCGCGCGAGACGCCUGGUCUUCUGGCCCGUUUAAAGCCUCCCUGGGAGUCCCGUUUUUCUCGGACACUCGUGAAGGCGUCAGCGGCACACCCAAAUUCUCGCAGUCUGCAUGCGCUGCGCCUUCCGCUCCCGCGUCCGGGCGUCCGCCCUCGGCCGCCGUCGACUCCUUCGCGCGCAGUCCCGGUCACGCUCGCCGGCCGUCUCGAGCUGUCGGUCGCGAGGCUGGGAAAGGCGGUGGAGUUCCGACGUUCAGCGGCGCGCAAGAUCCGCGACUUAGUGGGAAGCGAAAGGAGAGCUCGGACGACAGCCUGAACAUGGAGGAAACGGCCGUUGGCCUUCUCGGGCGCGGGGCGAUCCUCUGCGCGGCGUCCGUUCUCUUUGACCUCGAAGAGCCGCUGUCCGUCACCGUUCACUCGACGACUGCCGUCGGCUUCAAAAUCAGCAGAAACGAUCUCUACAAGCAUUUGCCCGUGAAAGUCCAAGAGGCUCUUCGCCAACUCAGUUACCUCCUGCUGCUUCACCUUCGGGCGCGAGUUCAGCAUCAACGGGAGCAGCUGGACCGCCUCGAGAAGGCUUUGAGUCUCCACGGGAAUGCGCAUGCAGCUGCGGCUGGGACAGGCCUAGGCGGCGAGGCAGACCUCGUUGGCCCACCUCGGUCUCGAGGCGCGCCGCACCUGGCGUCGACUUCGUCUUCUGGGGGCGUGGCUGCCUGCAACCAGUUCGACCGCUUCACACGGAGUCUGGCAGAUUUUCAGCCCCACAAGGCGCUGCUGCACCAGUCGACGCUUCUCGCCGUCCUCCAAAACCAGGAUCUUGCCGGUUCGAGCGAACGACCCGCGACGCCGUUCUCAGCUCCUCUUCCUGCUCUCUCUGCGCCGCCCCCUUCUGGAGAAGAAAGCCACGUGUGGAAAUCCACGCAGUUGCACCACCUGCUGUCUUCUUCUCUCCCCGCUUCUCCUUGUUUCCCUUCCUCUCCGAGUCUUGUCUCUUCGAAACGCGCCAGCGUGUCGUGCCCAACGCUGCCGGCGUUUGAGUCCGGAAGCCGCGGCCAGGCGCGCCUGCCUCAUGCAGCGGCACCGGUUCGUCGCCUUUCUUCCGCUUCUGCGCUUCUGGGCGGAGCUGAGCCCGAAACGGGAGACAGCGGCGACGCAGGCCUCUCGACCCGUGAAGGAGCCUUCGGCACAGCGCCGGAGGCGAAACCCGAGAACGAGACGGAAAUCGCGACGCGCGGGGCCGACUGUGAACGGAACAAGGACGGCAUGUGCGAAGAGCGCCAAGGGACAUGUGGCCCUUCAUCGUCAAACAGGCAGCUGGGCGGGGGCACGCGCGGCACGACUGGACGCGGAGACAUAGGGAAGACCGAGAAGGGAGAGGUUUCCGGAGAGAACACGAGAAUGGGCAACGGGGACAGUCUGAUAGAGACCGGACGGGGUUCCUCUCUACCCUGUCUCCUUUUGCCCGAGACGAAACAGGGCAUACCCGUUUCGAAGGAGAGCGAACUCGACUCCUCGCCCUAUCUUGUAAUCUCCAGUCCGGUCGAGCACGUGCCUCAACCCAAACUGUCUGACGAGACCCUCGAGUACUUCUUCACAGAGAUCAGUCGAGACGCAGUUGCCGUCAACGACCGCUGGAGCUGCAGCAGCGCGUCGCCGGCAGCUAGCCGAAGAGCCGUACUCGGGCGCGUCCUGGAGAAGCCUGGAGGCGGUUGUUCUCUUCCUGGCGCAACGAAAUCUCUAGCCAAAGGCUCGACCCACACGCGGAGCACUCCUGCUUUUUUCUCCAGCGGCGGCAGACUCUCUGCCCCGCAGAAAAAAGGUCAGGACCCUGGCGGAUCCAUCAGGGGCUGUCGCCCCGCCACACCUCUUCAGAUUCGGCAGGGUUGCGCUUCGUUCGGCUGUGGGAGGCCGCACACAGUGAAGUGGGCCCCUGGACCGUUUUCCUGGCGACCGCGGUCGCAGUCCCGGAAGGCCCUCUGGAGCCCAGUCAGCGGUACCCAGCGGGGGGGCUCCGAUGGCGCCGCCCAUCCGACUCCGACAACCGCCGCAGCUGUCCGUCGCGCACGGCACGCGCAACAGCAAAAAUUGGAGAAAAUGAUUCAAGCGGAGCACGACCGCCUGGAUGAAGAACUGCGCAGGGAGAGGGGCCAGGACACUGAAGCAGCUCCGCGUGCGACCUUGCAGGCUCCCUUCCCACAUGCCACUGCGGGCAAGCAGGACACGAACAGAGACACUUCCCAUCAAGACAGCCACAGUGUCCCCCGGCUGGUGGGGCUCUCUGCGUCAUCCACUGGAGAUAGAAUAAUGCUACUGAACUGCGAAGGGCUCGGCGACGGCGACCGGAUACUAACGGGUGUAACACUUGGAUCCCCAGGUGCCGGCUCGCUUCCGAACUCCAGGAUCAUCACAGCCCCUCCAACUGAGAAUCCGCCGUCAGUGCUGAGUGACUCUCUAGCUGCAAAAGUCGUUGCAGCAGCAUCGGCAGGUUUGACAGCGGCUGCGGAGUUGGGGUUGAUGAAUAAACCGGAGCGUUCGCAUGUUCGGCGUUGCAUCCUGUCACAUCCGUCUCCGAUGGGAACCGUGGAACACCAUGACAGCGGGAAAGGGUUACUCGCCGCAAACGGAGAGUGCUGCGGAGAUGCCCGGACCGUCCCUCCGACUGCUGAACCCGGCCGCUCCGGCUCACACCUCCGCCGAAAGCCAGAGGGGUCGUGGGAUGUUUCUACGAGGAUCUCAAGUGCACCCGCUGUAGACAUCAGACACGCUGCGUCAGUGCGGACUGCAGCCACAGGCAGAGGAGAGAUUGUCUCUGAUCCUGCUGACCGUUUGACAAUUCGGCGGCCGACUCUUCCGCGCCUCGACACAGCGCAAUUGUUCCAAGCUUUCGCCGGAAUUCGCCCAAGUGUCCAGGGAGAAGAUGGCGGUGUCGAAGGAAUACAAGCGAGGUUGACGGGAAGACCGACGACAGCCUUCGGCCUUGUGGGCCGCACCGCAGGGACAGCCACGCUAGGAGCUGCUGGACGAGUUGAAAGAAUCGCAUGGCAGUUGUUGGGUGUGGACCGAGAGCCGGACCUCGUGACGCGAGAAGGCUUUUCAGGCAUAUGGAGUCCCUCAUGCCGAGCUGGGGGUGUCGGUGGCGACCGCGGGGUUUCUCUCAGAGGCGUCGCUGCAAGUAGUCAGGAGCUGGUGAGGUGGUUACCGGAGAAAAUCCCGCGUAUUAAGUCUGAGGUCUGUUUUACAGUGGCGUGGCAGGACAUCAGCGUGCCUCCACAGAGAGAUGGAUAUGCACGCGUACACGCGGUGGUGUGCAUGUGA